AAACAUCAGCGCACAAGCAGACGAGCAAGCGGGCGGUUCUAAUCAAGUCGCGGCUACUACUAGUACUCAAGUGAGUACUGGGCAACCACGUGAGCAACAAGAAGGCGAUGGCUUAAGCGAUGUGAAUGAGAGACUGGUCAAUGCAGAACUACAAUCUUGGGAUGAGGAACUCCUCAGACGCAGAUUGCUUCCAGCCGAGAAGCGAUAUCCAGUUUUUGCACGUCGGGUAGCCGUGGCAGCGAUAUUGCCUAAGAGGUACCUAUUUUUUUUAUUCCUUCAUUCAUUCACAUUCACUCAUACGAAUAUAGAUAGUUCGUACGAGGACUACGACGACGAUAGUGCCACGGUUGAAUACUUACUCUUUCCUCGUUAUCAAACUGAAAACGUUGGUUUUUAGAUUCUUGUUCUCUUGGUCAACAUCAUGGUAGUAACUAGUCUAACUAGUCUCUUUUCUUAAAUUCGUCCCUUACACUCUACAGGAAUAUAUUAACAUCAUAGUACUCACAUCCGCUACAACUACGACAGGUGGCGACCAGCGAAUUUGAAUGUGAUGGAGAAAGAAUUUCGCAAGAUGCACGACUGUAAACUCCG